UCGUGAGGGAUAAAAAAAAAUAGAAAACGAGAGCAAUCUCGGUGGAAAUACCCAAAGUGUCUGCAAAAAACAAAGAAAAUGUAAAACACGUUCCGUUGUAUAAAGAGGCCCGGGUGUUAAUCACACUGCACAGUUAUUACAAAAUAAGAGUUUAGUUUGAGUGCGAGUGUGAGGCGGAAGUUGGGAUCAGCUGAUCGUGGAGCGCUGGCUGAAGCUGUGUGGGUCUGAGAGCCAUCUUCGUUAGCGGAGAGAGAGCUGGGGGGGCGACCGGGAAGAAACGGCAGAAAACGGGGGGUGGGCCGGGAAUACACAGGCGACUAAGUCACCCGGAGGCUUUUUGGCAAGCAGACAGGGCUUUUGAACACGACAUUUGGAGGGCCUGCGAAACUGGCAACCGGGGCCGCCGAGUGAUCACUCUCCGACCGUCGAGGCUUCAAAAUACCACCGCAGUAGCUGUUUUGUUUUGUUUUACAAAGAAAGAAAAAAAGAAAGAAACAAAGAAAGAAAGAAACACGACUGUGCCGGAUACCAAAAAAAAACAAAAAAAACAUAAGGAAUACAAUUUGUUGGUAUUAUUGCAAUUUCAUUUUGAUAACGAUAUAAAUCAUCAGUUGCAUUCAUUUCAGAUAUAUUGUUAUUAUUAUUGUUGUUAUUAUAAACAAGCGUACAGAAAAAGCUCCUCGGAAUAAGAUAAGAGACUGAGAUUAAGACGGUGUUCUCCUGUGCUGUGUUGCACAAUACCACCGGCAUCGGUGUGUGUGUUUUGUUUUUAAUACAAAACCGCGAAAGAGAUCCGAAAUCAAACGUAAACCUAACCAAUAAACACGCUAACAAGAAGAGGUUUCAUAGAUUAUGGCUGCUGGUGGUUUUAUAUGUGGUGUUUUUAUUUUUGCAAUGAAGAAAAUGUAUUAAAGCGAUACUAUGACAUACGGAGAAAGGGAGGAUUAUUUUCGGGUUGGCAACGUGUUUCACCCCGAGGGUUUAUUAAAAACGGGAGCGCAUUUUCAGAGCUAAACCCCGGCAAUACAAGAACGGAAUUAAUAACACAAGAAGACGGGAGAGAAGUAUUCAACUGAACGAUCGAGUGGGACUCGGCAGCAGUACAGUGGUCAUUGUGUGUGUCUCUGAUCAAUUAUAGAUUUACAUAGUUUCUAUAUAGUGUUUACUGAAGAAAACAAAAAAGAGUUUGAAAGAGAGGUGAAAUUAUUAGUUUGGUAUAACGCUAUUUUUUUUUUGUUUGUUUUUUUAACUUUUUUUGUUUGUAAUGAAACUAAAUAAUUUGACUAAAAUGAAGGACUGGUUAAACUAGUCUACAGUGAGACCUCUCUAUAUGACACGAGCACACCCACUGCCCCCCGGCUGUAGUGUUUGUUUUUCGUCACGUCGUGUUUUUGUAUAAAAUGAAAAUCAUUUAGCGCGGUGUAUUCCAGAGUGACAGUCGCCGAGAUACAAGUUUACUAAAAUAAUAGUACGUUUCUGCAUAUGCAUAAUGUCUUUUUUUAAAAUAUGUAGUAUUAAAUUGUACAGCGAUUAGUUUCUAGAAGUAAAAGUCAGUAUAUGUAAAUAUAGUAUUAGCAACUUAUGGGAAUAAAGAUCGGUUUUGUUGCCAGUGCUGGCUCAGUCUUUGACUACAUGUCUAAGAAAAGUGCUGGAAGUGUACAAAAAAACAAUAUAUUCCACCCAUGUGAAUACCAACACGAACGAGGAGUGCUACGUGAAGUCUGAAGCUGCCUCGCUGCUAUAACUUCCAUUCGUUCAACUAAAGGAAGGAAACACAUUGAUCGGAAUCAGCAGUACGUGUUGCUGCGAGCGAGGAAAGCCUUUUGGUUGUUUUGUUGCCUUUCCUUCCCUCGUCUUGCUUAGACACCCUCCCCCACCUUUUUUUCUUCGGAGAGCCGAGCCUUGGUGUGUGCAGCGCCGUUGGCGUGUCACUCGUUCUCGGUGAGCCCCGUGGCUGUGAUGGAACUCAUGUUCGCGGAGUGGGAGGACGGGGAGAGGUUUUCCUUUGAAGACUCGGACCGGUUCGAGGAGGACUCGCUGUGCUCUUUCAUCUCCGAGGCGGAGAGCCUGUGUCAGAACUGGCGGGGAUGGAGAAAGCAGUCGGCAGGUCCCAACUCUCCCACUGUCAAAAUAAAAGAUGGUCAGGUGAUCCCUCUGGUGGAGCUCUCUGCUAAGCAGGUUGCGUUCCACAUCCCCUUCGAGGUGGUGGAGAAGGUGUACCCCCCUGUCCCGGAGCAGCUGCAGCUCAGGAUAGCCUACUGGAGCUUCCCGGAGAAUGAGGAGGACAUCAGGCUGUACUCGUGUCUUGCUAACGGCAGUGCUGAUGAGUUCCAGCGGGGGGAGCAGCUGUACAGGAUGAGGGCUGUGAAGGACCCGCUGCAGAUUGGUUUCCACCUCAGUGCCACGGUGGUCUCUCCGCAGGUGGUUCAGGCGAAGGGUGCGUACAACGUGGCCGUGAUGUUUGACCGCUGCCGCAUUUCUUCCUGCAGCUGCACCUGUGGAGCCGGAGCCAAGUGGUGCGCUCAUGUGGUAGCACUGUGCCUCUUCAGGAUUCACAACUCCUCGGCAGUGUGUCUGCGCGCCCCAGUCUCCGAGUCUCUGUCCCGGCUGCAGAGAGACCAGCUCCAGAAGUUUGCUCAGUACCUCAUCAGUGAGCUGCCACAGCAGAUCCUGCCCACAGCCCAGCGUCUCUUGGACGAGCUGCUCUCCUCGCAGUCCACCGCCAUCAACACUGUAUGUGGAGCGCCAGACCCUACAGCUGGCCCCUCUGCCUCUGAUCAGAGCACCUGGUACCUUGACGAGUCGACGCUGAGCGACAACAUCAAGAAGACUCUGCACAAGUUCUGCGGGCCCUCGCCAGUGGUAUUCAGUGAUGUAAACUCCAUGUACCUCUCCUCCACUGAGCCCCCUGCUGCUGCAGAGUGGGCCUGCCUGCUGAGGCCCCUGAGGGGCCGCGAGCCGGAGGGAAUCUGGAACCUGCUCUCCAUCGUGAGGGAGAUGUUCAAGAGGAGAGACAGCAACGCCGCGCCCCUGCUGGAGAUACUCACCGAGCAGUGCCUCACCUAUGAGCAGAUAAUUGGCUGGUGGUACAGUGUGCGCACCUCCGCCUCUCACAGCAGUGCCAGUGGGCACACCGGGCGCAGUAACGGCCAGUCUGAAGUGGCGGCUCACGCCUGCGCCAGCAUGUGUGACGAGAUGGUGGUGCUCUGGAGACUGGCGGUGCUGGACCCCACCAUGAGCCCACAGAGGCGAGGGGAGCUGUGCGCUCAGCUCAAGCAGUGGCACCUCAAGGUGAUUGAGAUCGUGAAGCGGGGGCAGCACCGCAAGUCCUUGGAUAAGCUGUUCCAGGGCUUCAAGCCGGCGGUGGAGUCCUGCUUCUUCAGCUGGGAGAGCGCCUACCCCCUGCCCGGCAUCACCUACUGCAGCGCGGACAAAAAGAGUCUGGCCUUCUGCUGGGCUAGGACAGUGCAGCAGCAGAGGGCAGGCAGGGCAGGGGCAGGGGAGCCCCCGGAGCCACGAGCCGGCAGGGCAAACGGGCAUGAGGGCGCAGCAGAGAACAGGGGCAGCAGGGGCAACUCACACCUGGAGGUGGCAGUGCGCCCCAAAGAGAUGGGAAAGCGCAAAGGGGUCUCCAGCGGGGGAGGGCUAGUGCUGGGGGGCCGGCUGGGGGGAGGGGGUGGGGGGGUUUCGCUGGCUCAGGAGGACGGUGGUGGCAGUAAGGGGGUGUACAAGGCUGGGGUCGGGGGGUCUGCUGCUGCGUCUUCAGCUGUGGGGGGCAAAGUGAAGCUGGUUCAGGCAGGUAAGGUGGGUGGAGCCGGGAGUGUCAAGCAUGGGUCCAUCAAGCGCAGGACCAGCAGCGAGGACAGCUCUCUGGAACCAGACCUAGCUGAGCUCAGCAUGGACGACGGGUCGAGCCUGGCGCUGGGGGCCGAAGCCAGCAACACCUUCGACCUGCUGCCCCUCCCAGCAUCAGCCGUCCCUUCUCCACCCACCCUGCACAGAGACACACCUCGCAAGUACAGCCCUGGGAAAGGGAGCGCCACGGGAUACUACCCCAGCAAGAGCUUGCCCGCAGGCACAGAGAGCAGGGGAGGGGAAGUGGAGAUGGAGGUGGAGGUGGAAGCUGAGAUUGAGGAACUGGAAGAGGGGGAGGACCCUGCCCCGGAGCCUGCCUCUUCCUGGGAGAGGGAGAGGGAGAGUGGGGAGGCAGGGCCGAUCUCUGAACAGGCCCCGGAGCCUCCAAGGGAGGAUGAUUACCAGGCAUAUUACCCGAGCGCUGCUUCUGAGGAGGGAGGGGGUGGCCAGCACUGCACCAACGGAGAGGAGGAACCAGACAUCUUCUCUGGGAUCAAGCCACUAGAGCAGGAGGGGCGCAUAGAGGUGCUGUUUGCAUGUGCAGAGGCCCUGUACGCUCAUGGCUACAGUAACGAGGCAUGCCGUCUGGCUGUGGAGCUGGCAGAGGAUCUGCUUGCCAACCCUCCUGACCUGAAGGUGGAGCAACCCCAGACCAAGGGUAAAAAGAGCAAGGUGUCGACGAGCCAGCAGACCCUGGUUGCCACGGGUACGCUGUGCAAGACUGCCUUCCUGCUGACUGUGUUGAGCGAGCGCCCCGAGCUGCACAACCUGGCUUUCAACACCGGCAUGUUCUCCCUGGAGCUGCAGAGACCUCCUGCCUCCACCAAGGCACUUGAGGUGAAGCUGGCGUAUCAGGAGUCGGAGGUGGUGGCCCUGCUGAAGAAGCUGCCUCUGGGCCUGGUGGAGAUGAGUUCUAUCCGUGAGCGAGCCGAGCAGCUCCGUGACGGGAACUUCUGUGACUACCGACCCGUCCUGCCUCUCAUGCUGGCCAGCUUCAUCUUCGACGUGCUCUGCACCCCGGUGGUCUCCCCCACCGGUUCGCGUCCCCCGAGCCGAAACCGGAACAACGAGAUGCCGGGAGAUGAGGAGCUGGGGUUCGAGGCAGCCGUCGCAGCGCUUGGUAUGAAGACGACGGUGAGCGAGGCGGAGCACCCCCUGCUGUGUGAGGGGACGCGUCGGGAGAAGGGGGACCUGGCCCUGGCGCUCAUGAUCACCUACAAGGACGACCAGGGCAAGCUCAAAAAGAUCCUGGACAAGCUGCUGGACCGGGAGAGCCAAACUCACAAGCCCCAGACUCUGAGCUCUUUCUACUCCAACAAGCCGGCUGCCAGCAGCCAGCGCUCCCCCUCCAAGCACGCGGCGCACACGGGGGGCGUGGCCAAGCACACGGGACAGUCCAUGGGAGGAGGGUCCGGAGCUGCGCAGGGCAUCACCAGCGGGGGGGCAGCCAAUCAGCAAGCAGGGCUGGCCAGCACGGUGCAGGGGCCUGCUGGAGAGAACUACAGCAGCAGAGAGCAGCAGGAUGGUGCGCCCAUCUCUUCCGCUGAGCUGCAGAGUGAGCCCCCCCCCUUCAAGCCUGAGGGCCGGGUCCCCAGCCGACUGGCCCUUGGGGCUCGAGGGGCGUACAGUGGCCGCUGCUGGGGCUCCCCCGUUCGACAAAAGAAGAAGCACACGGGCAUGGCUAGUAUCGACAGCAGCGCCCCCGAAACCACCUCCGACAGCUCUCCCACGCUCAGCCGACGCCCCCUGCGAGGCGGUUGGGCAGCAGCCUCCUGGGGGCGGGGUCAGGACAGUGACAGCAUCAGCAGCUCCUCGUCCGAUUCGCUGGGCUCCUCCUCCUCUAGCGGCUCACGCAGGGCAGGGGGCGGGGCCAGAGCCAAGAGCGCCGACAGCAGCAGGUACAAGGGGCGUCGUCCGGAGUGCCACGUUCCGCACGUCCCUAACCAGCCCUCGGAGGCCGCAGCACACUUCUACUUUGAGCUGGCCAAGACGGUGCUGAUCAAGGCCGGCGGCAACAGCUCCACCUCCAUCUUCACACACCCUUCCGCCAGCGGGGGCCACCAGGGGCCACACCGCAACCUGCACCUGUGCGCCUUCGAGAUCGGCCUGUACGCCCUGGGCCUGCACAACUUCGUCUCGCCCAACUGGCUCUCCAGGACCUACUCCUCUCACGUCUCCUGGAUCACUGGCCAGGCGAUGGAGAUUGGCAGCGCUGCUCUCAAUAUCCUGGUGGAGUGUUGGGAUGGCCACCUCACCCCCCCCGAGGUAGCCUCUCUAGCGGACCGUGCCUCGCGGGCGCGUGACCUCAACAUGGUGCGGGCCGCGGCAGAGCUGGCUCUGAGCUGCCUGCCUCAUGCACACGCACUAAACCCCAACGAGAUCCAAAGGGCGCUGGUGCAGUGCAAGGAGCAGGACAACUUGAUGCUGGAGAAGGCAUGCAUGGCGGUGGAGGAGGCUGCGAAGGGAGGAGGGGUGUACCCCGAGGUCCUUUUCGAAGUGGCUCACCAGUGGUACUGGCUGUAUGAGCAGACCGUGGGGGGCGGGGCAGGGACCCAGCGUGAGGGUCCGGGUGGCUGCGGGGCCAAUGGGGGGGCCAGCAGGGGCCGCGGCGAGAGGCUGGAGCCUGUGCGCCUCCUGGAGGGAGGGGGGGGGGCGGCGGUGACAGUCAGCACUGCGGCUGUGGUCCCCGUGAUAUCGGUGGGCUCCACACUGUACCAGCAGCACACCAUCGCGGGGUCUGCCAUGGGGCACCCCCACACACAGGGGCUGCACCCCUACACCACCAUCCAGACGCACCUGUCCUCCAUCUGCACCCCGCAGUAUCUGGGGCACCCCCUGCAGCACGUCCCCCGGCCAGCUGUGUUCCCCGUAUCAGGGGGAGCGUACCCACAGUGUGUUUGUGUCCCCUCCCAGGUAGUGCACCCGGCCUUCAUGGGGGCCCAAUACCCCUUCUCUGUGGCAACGGGCCCCCACCCGCACCCCCCCAUGGCAGCCACCGCAGUCAGCUUCCCGGGUGUGCCUGUCCCGUCCAUGACCCAGAUCGCUGUCCACCCCUACCACCCCGAAGCAGGGCUGCCCCUUGGCACCACUGUGGCAGUAGGUGGCAUGCACGCAGGCUCCUCUCUGCCUGGCCUUGCCCCCCAGCCAGCCCCCUUCCCCUCCGAGGAGGAGCAGCACAGCCAGCCAGUCAGCCAGCAGGGCCUGCACUACCUGCACUCUGCCUACAGAGUUGGGAUGCUGGCUCUGGAGAUGCUGGGGCGCAGGGCUCACAAUGAUCAUCCCAACAACUUCUCCCGCAGCCCCCCCUACACUGAGGACGUCAAGUGGCUGCUGGGGCUGGCCGCGCGCCUGGGAGUGAACUACGUGUACCAGUUCUGUGUGGGGGCUGCGAAGGGCGUGCUCAGCCCCUUUGUGCUGCAGGAGAUCAUCAUGGAGGCGCUGCAGCGGCUGAAUCCUGCGCACGUCCACGCACACCUGCGCAUGCCCGCCUUCCACCAGCUUGUGCAGCGCUGCCAGCAGGCAUACCUGCAGUAUAUCCAUCACAGGCUGAUUCACCUGACCCCGGCGGACUAUGAUGACUUUGUGAAUAUCAUCCGCAGCGCACGCAGUGCGUUCUGCCUCACCCCCGUUGGCAUGAUGCAGUUCAACGACGUGCUGCAGAACCUCAAGAGGGGCAAGCAGACCAAAGAGCUGUGGCAGCGCAUCUCCCUCGAGAUGGCAACCUUCGCCCCCUGAGCAGAGAGAGAGAGACCCAGUGACAACUGUACAAACAUACUGAGACCCAGAGACACACAACCAGGGAUCUGUGGCAAAGCAUCGCCCGCCCCCCCCCCCCCCCCCUCCGAGCAGAGAGACGGAGACAAUACUCGCACUGAGACACAGUGACAACUAUAAACACUCACUCACUCACACACACACAGACCCAGACAGAGGGCAAAACAUCUUCCCCUGAGCAGAGACAGAAUUCUACACACACACAUACACACACUGAGACCAAGUGACAACUAUACAGACACACACACACACACACACACACACACACACACACACACACACACACACACACACACACACACACACACAGAGACACAGAC